AUGGCCAAUUUCAGAACAACCCAAAAACUGGACAACUUUGGAACGCUUAGGAUCGGAGUUCUACCCCGGGUCGUGGAACGUUACCACGAGAGUAUUUCUUGCUCUUGGACCUGUGACGUGGCGAGGCCCUUCAUCAGUAGAAUCACAACCCCUUUCACUUUCACUUUCAGGCGCUUUCACUUUCACAACCCCUUUCACUUUCACUUCCAGGCGCUUUCACUUUCAAAUCACUUUCAAUUAACUUUCAAGGCACCUUUUCCCGCCCUUUCGGGUCUUUCCCCCUUUGGACCUCUUUCAAAUUUGUUGAUCAAUAUAUUUUAUAGGGUAGCAUAG